AUGACGUCCAAGAAGAGAAAAAACUCCCCCGCCAAGGGUCCCACAACCAACAAGCCCAAGGGCAUCAACGAAAACAUGGCAUUGCAGCCUAUAACCCCUGAACCCACCAAUGACCCUGGGAGCCACGCCGGAUAUUUCUCGGGCAUGAGCCCCAGAAUGGCUAUUGAAGUCGCUCAGAUCUGUCACUGGGGCGCCUGCCGUCAAACUUACACCGGCGUCGAUGGUGCUGCUGAUCUGGUCAACCACAUCAGCGAGGACCACGUCGGUCACGACGACGGCUACAAUCCUCGAUGCGACUUUGGCUCGUGCGGCUGGACCCGCAAGGGCCGUAGAGACCUGCUCAUGGCUCAUGUGGUCAGGCACAUCCACGACUACAAGCCUCUGAAAUGCGACCAGUGCGACUACAGCACCAAGGAGGCUAGAGAGCUUGUGAGACACAAGAAGAGAAGAGACCACCAAUAG